CCUGAAGCUUUUCAUGGACUUGAUCGCACCCCCCGAUUGGCUUGUACGGGUAAGUACUGAAAUCUAAGCUGCAAUCUGCAAGAUGCACUUCAUCAAAUCAAAUCAGCGCGAAUCGAAAACGAAACCAGUAAAGAUGGACGGAGAAAUCGCAAUUAUCAGUAAACCUCCAGAAGCAGCAGCAGCAGCAGCAGCAGAUGAAGAUGGAAAUGAAAACGGAAAGGCUUCGAGACAAGAAAGGGCUAUGAAGAACAAACUGGGAGCCCAAACCUUUAUGCAUCCUCCUGCCUCCAUUUUUGAAUUGAAGUGUUGGGUUUGGGGGCAAAGGGGGAUUGCCUAAUGAGCAGCAGAUUUAUAGGGAGCUUCAUCAUCUUCAUUGGAAUCGAAGAAGGAAGCAUUCCGAUAUUCUGAUUAUUACUUAUUUAGGGCACCAUCAUCAUCGUCAUCUUCUGCAACAUUAUUAAUAUUGGAAUUGCUGUCGCUGGCGGGAGAAAACAUUUUAAUACCAUGUCGUGUCCUGGUGGUGGAAGUAACAUCAAGGAUUACUACUACAGGAAGAGCGGUCAAAUCCCGGCAUUUGGCGACUGGGAAAAUGCCAACAACCUCCCCAUCACUCAGUACUUCGAGUGCGCCAGGCAGGCCGGCCUCCUCCGCUGCAGCUGCUCCUCCGGAGAAUGCUCUUACAUCAUGAACAAUACCAAUGCCAAUGCCAAUGCCGCCGAUCUCUAUGGGGGCUUUGGAUACGGACACGGAUUUGGGUUCGAGAAACCUCUCCCUCCUGGCCCAGUCCCCCGGCGAAUUCAUGCUGCUGCUGCUGCUGCACCUGUUGUUCCUCACAAAAAGCAUGUGCAGCAGCAGGUGAAGGGAAUUAAUUCAAGAAAGCAAGUCAAGGUUCGCGACUUGAUGGUGGAUCAGCCCUUGGCUCAGAAGCAUCGCCGCCAUCCGAGACAAACCACAAAGUCUCUAAACGUUGUGUUGCCGCAGCAGAAAUCAGGAAUGACAGUGAAGCCGGUGGACGAAGAUCUCUACAAGGUCCCUUCAGAUCUUCUCGAAAACUCCAAGCGUAAGAAAGUGCUGGGAUUCUUCUCAAGGUGCAUGGUUCCGCCGUGCGCUGCUUAGACAGACAAACGACGAUCUCCCAAGAAUGGAUCGGAGUUAGGGUAAGGCAUUAGUUAAUUAUUGAGGAGGAUGCGUUCGUUGUCUCUCUCUCGCGCGCGCACACACAUACACGUUUCUCACUUUAUUUAUGUGUUUAUGAACAAGUAGAAAGAAAGAAAAAAAAAAAAAUUGAAUGAAUGAAGGUCCCUCUCUAUCUAUAUAAUCCAUCUAUCGAUGAGGCGCCAUAGUCGAGUUUGAGUAAAUAGUUUGUUAGCAAUAACAUGAUAUAUGAAUUGGUGGUUUGUGUAUUUACUAUUUACACAACAUUUACGACGUUUGUUGCUUCAUUAUUA